AUGUCGCUCGAGGAAAGACUGUUAAAGGUGCGGGACUCGCCCAAGGGUUCCACUCAGCACCAGAAUGCUGUAGUGCUUGCGGCCAUUGAAGACACGCUCAAGCAGCAGAACUCGGAGCCCACACCAACCGCAUACUUCGCAGCGCUUCUUGCGCUUUUGAUCCGCCAGAUAUCAAAUGAUGGCAUAGCGAACAAAGAAACGGCUACGUCCAUCAUAUACCUACUCGAUCUCGUCACCCCUCACGUCCCGGCGCCGCUGCUGCGAUCCAAGUUCGCUGGCAUCCUUCCUAGUCUAGCCCCCGCACUCACACAUCCCAACGCCGAAGCUCCACUCCUCCGAUCUGCUAUAGGAUGUCUUGAGUCGCUGCUCGUUGCGCAAGAUGCGCGAGCGUGGGAUUUGCCGGCGACACAGGCUGGUCCUCGCGCCGCUGUCGCGGGGCUGCUUCAGAUAGCUGUGGACCAUAGACCGAAAGUGAGGAAGAGGGCUCAGGAUGCGCUUGCCAAGGUGCUAAACAAUGCGCCGCCGAGCCCAUCACUGGACCAUCCGGCUGCCGAUAUGUGCGCAGAGACGGCGCUCAAGAUGCUGAAGGACAUUGCACAAGCAGCGGGCAGAUCGGCGAACCAGAAGAAGCGACAAGCUGCUGAGCAAAGCAAGGAGCCGGAUCUCAUGCACGCGUUGCAACUGAUCAAGACUAUUGCAAACACAUCUGGUGGCUGGCCGAGCCGGAAGAUUGAUGUUCUGUGCGAGCUGCUUCUCAACAUCUCGCGGUCCAGUAGCGAAUAUCUCACCAUGGCGGCUUUCGAGAUAUUCGAGUUGAUCUUUGCGGGCAUGACCGACGAGAUCUCUUCCGCGAAGCUGCCUCGCCUCCUCGAAGUUAUCUCUGACCUCCAGCCCUCCAAGAACGACACACAAUUGCUUCCUCCAUGGAUAGCCGUCAUUUCAAGAGGGUACGAGGUCUCAGCUGUGAUCGAACCCGAAAACACGUUUGCAAAGCUUCCCGAACUCUUCAACAUGGUCGCUUCCUUCCUCGAGUCACCGUCACACAACAUCCGCGUUUCUGCUUCUGAGUGUUUGAUCUCUUUCUUUGCGAACAUUAUACCCGACAGUGUUAUUUUGGAGCCUUCGAUUUACGAUGAGAAAAUUUUGGAAAAGUUGGCUCAGGCUGCUCAGAACCUGUUCAGCGUCAAGUAUCAGGCUGCUUGGCCGGAGGUUUUCAGCAUGUUGGGCGCUAUGUUCGAUGCGCUGCGUUGGCGCUCGAAUCCAAUCUUGAGGCCUGUGUUGAGGACUGUCGGGGAGUUGAGAAGCAACGAGUCCUUCGCAGGAAAGAAAGAGGCGGAUGCUGUCAUCUCGAAAGCGAUCGGUGCCAUGGGUCCGGAUGCUGUUUUGGAAGUAUUUCCGCUUAAUCUACCGAGACCGCCACCCGGCCAGACAGGCAGAGUUUGGAUGCUACCGCUCCUUCGCGAUUCGGUGCAUAACUCGAAAUUGGCGCAUUUCAGGCAAGAGAUGGUGCCGCUCAGCGAGCUCAUGUUUCAAAAGGUUAUUGACCACGGCGCUCAGGAGAAGACGAUGGAAAUCAAGGUUUUCGAAACAGUCGUUCAGCAAAUUUGGUCCAUAUUGCCCGGCUACUGCGACCUGCCACUAGACCUUGUGGAAGCGUUCGAUCAAGGCUUUGCGGAGAUGUUGGCAAACCUUCUUUACAGUCAAGCAGACCUGCGAACGGACGUGUGCAGAGCGUUGCAAAACCUUGUAGACGGAAACAAAGCUAUCAUCGAGCUGGAAGGCGAGGACGAUCUGGUUGCACAGGCACGGAUUUCGAAGGCACAAGGACAGAAGAAUCUGGAGCAUUUGGCUAGCUACGCGGGCAAUAUGCUGGCUGUGCUGUUCAACGUCUAUAGCCAAACACUACCACAAUAUCGUGGUACCAUUCUCAGGACGAUCAAUGCGUACCUUAGCAUCAUCCCUGAGAAGGAGCUCAUGGAGACCUUCGAACGAGUUGCCACCAGCCUUGAGGCAGCUUUACCAGAAGGCGGCUCCCAGACGCAAGCGGAUAAGCAAAAGCAGGACAAGGGCAAAAACAAGAUGCCGCCCAUGAGCCACACGCUCAUGGAUCUCAUCAUCACCAUUGCCCCUUACCUUCCGCGUGACAGCUAUCCUUCCCUAUUUAAGAUGGCCUCCAUCAUGAUCAAUAAGAAGGAGGAUCCCCAGCUGCAGAAGAAGGCAUACAAGCUGAUCCCAAGGCUUGGAGAAUCGGAAACCGGCAAAGCAGCAUUGCAAGCGCGAACGGGAGAACUCCAACAAUUCCUGCUGCAAGGCUCGGAGGCAGCUUCCGGACCUGCGCGUAGGGACAGAUUGCUUGCUUUAUAUCAGAUCUUGGAGUACCUUCCCCAGACUGACCUUCAUUUCAUUCCAUCUGUUCUUUCCGAAGUCGUCAUCGCAACGAAGGAAGUGAAUGAGAAGGCUCGAGAGGCAGCUUAUGAGCUGCUUGUCGCGAUGGGUGAGAAGAUGGCUUUGGGUGGAACGGUCCUCCAGAACAAGGUUCCCAAUAUGCCUGAGGAUGCGCCAUCCGUGGAGGCGUCUCUCGAGGAGUACUUCACCAUGGUCUCGGCUGGUCUCGCUGCAUCAACUCCACACAUGAUCUCCGCCUCAAUCACCGCCGUCACCCGCAUACUGUUCGAGUUCCACUCUAGGGUCUCGAAGGAGACCAUACAGAAUCUUCUUGAGAUCAUGGACAUGUUCCUGCAAAACCCCAACCGUGAGAUCGUACGGAGUGUCCUUGGCUUCGUCAAGGUAGAAGUCAUCUCCUUACCGGAGUCACUUGUCAAGCCUCGUCUCAACACCUUGCUCACUAACCUCCUCGUCUGGAGCCACGAACACAAGGCGCACUUCAAAGCAAAGGUGAAGCACAUUGUGGAACGCAUGAUCCGUAAGUUUGGCAUCGACGAAGUCGAGAGCGCUUGUCCAACAGAGGACCGAAAACUCAUCACCAAUAUUCGAAAGACACGCGAGCACCGAAAAAAGAAGAAGCAACAAGGAGCUGAGGACGGCGAGGAGCCUGCGGAGAAGCCGAAGGGCCGAUUUGAAAGUGAAUACGACCAGGCCGUGUAUGGCAGCGAGAGCGAAGACGAAGAGGGUGACUCGGAAGACGAAUUCAUCAAGGCGCAAAGCAAGCAGCGACAGGGCAAGUCCAAGCGCGGCGAAACGUACAUUGUCGAAGACGAAGACGAGCCGCUUGACCUUUUGUCCAAGCGCGCGCUCGGGAAUAUCUCGUCGACGAAGCCUCUGCGACGGAAAGAGGUGCCACAGAAGAAGACUAAGGCGCGCACGAACGAAGACGGCAAGCUCAUUCUGGGCGAAUCAGAUACCGACGAUUUGUCCAGCGCAGGAAAGAAGGGAGGCAAACAUCAAGCCGCCGUUAACCAAGGCGACGUUCACAUGGACAUCGAUGAGGACGGCCUUUCUCUUGAAGCAGGCAUUAAUGCUUACGUCGACGCUAUCAAGGGCCGUGACGCCGUGCAGCGCGGCCAGAAAGGCAAACUCAAGUUCAGCAACAAGAAGAGUAGGGAUGAAGAUGAUAUGGAUGUCGAUAGUGGGGAUGAGAAGGGGGACAGGAGAGCGAAGUCCGGAAGCGGAAUGGGCCGAGGUCGAGGAGGUGCACAGAAUCAGAGGAGAGGUCUAGGCAUUGACAAGGCAAAGGGUGCACAAGGUCCUGGGAGGGUUGACAAGGGGAACAGGAGUCCAAAAAUGAAAGGUUGGGGCGGCCAGGGAAGAAAGGCUGGAGGCUGGACGAAGAAAUAG